AUGAGUCUCGCUCAGCAUUCAGAAAGUGCGUCGCCCGUUCCCAUUAUUGAGACAGACGACCACGGAAACCCCAUCAAGUCAAGUAACGGAUACUUCCCCUCUAAAGGAAAAUCUUCAACGCUCGUUGGCGACAUGGCUCACCUCUCUGUUGUCGGUGGUGCUCACCGCGGAGACGACUCUGACGCCGCAUCUGUUCGCUCAAACAGCUCUCGGGCCUCACGGAAGCCUCAGAUGAAGCUGGCGAGCUACCAGGAUGAGUUCACCACCAGCGUCUACGGAUCUCGCUUCGCAGGCAUGGAUCUUCCCAGGCAUCAUAUGCCGGAGAAUGAAAUGCCCCGCGACAUUGCCUAUCGCAUGAUCAAGGACGAUCUGAGUCUUGACAACAACCCCAUGCUCAACUUAGCUUCUUUCGUUACAACUUACAUGGAAGAUGAAGCCGAGAAGCUCAUGGCAGAGUCCUUCUCCAAGAACUUUAUCGAUUAUGAAGAGUACCCUCAAUCGGCCGACAUCCAGAACCGAUGUGUCAACAUGAUCGGCGAUCUUUUCCACGCUCCUCCCGGUUCGUCAGUCGGUACAUCAACCGUCGGUUCCUCAGAAGCCAUCAUGCUCGGUGUUCUGGCCAUGAAGAGGCGCUGGAAGAACCGCAGAAUCGCCGAGGGUAAGAGCACAGAGCAUCCCAAUAUCGUCAUGUCCUCUGCCGUUCAGGUCUGUUGGGAAAAGGCUACUCGCUACUUUGAGAUUGACGAGAAGCUCGUUUACUGCACGCCUGAUCGGUUUGUCAUGGAUCCCGAACAGGCUGUUGAUCUAUGUGACGAGAACACCAUUGGUAUGUGUGCUAUUCUUGGAACGACCUAUACUGGCGAGUACGAGGAUAUCAAGGCCAUCAACGAUCUCCUCGUUGAGCGCAACCUUGAUAUCCCUAUCCACGUCGAUGCUGCCAGUGGAGGCUUCGUGGCUCCUUUUGUGGUUCCUGAUCUGGAGUGGGAUUUCCGAUGUGAAAAGGUCGUCUCUAUCAACGUCUCGGGUCACAAGUACGGUCUUGUCUAUCCUGGUGUUGGUUGGGUCAUCUGGCGAUCUCCUGAGUUCCUCCCCCAAGAACUCGUCUUCAACAUCAACUACCUCGGUGCUGAUCAAUCUUCCUUUACCCUCAACUUCUCCAAGGGUGCAUCGCAAGUCAUCGGCCAAUACUACCAGCUUAUCCGCCUCGGCAAGCGUGGUUACCGCGCUAUCAUGAGCAACCUCACCCGUACCGCAGACUACCUGACAGAAACCCUAGAGAACCUAGGCUUCGUCAUCAUGUCAGAACGUUCGGGCGCUGGCCUCCCCCUCGUUGCUUUCCGCUUCAAGACCGUCGAUGAGGGCGGCGACCCUGAACGUCACUACGAUGAGUUCGCUCUUGCUCACCACCUGCGAUCUCGAGGCUGGGUUGUCCCUGCUUACACCAUGGCUCCCAACUCCGGUGUCAAGAUGCUGCGUGUUGUCGUCCGAGAGGACUUUACAAAGAGUCGAUGUGACCAGCUCAUCUGCGAUGUUAAGCUGUGCCACGGUCUUCUCAAAGAGACAGACCAGGAGUCGAUCAAGAAGCGUGAAGAGUACAUCAAGAACCACAUUGUUACUAUGGGACGUGGAAAGCACGCCCACCCCGUAUACAAGGAUGAGCAACAUUCUCUCCAGGGCAAGCAUGGCAAGACACAUGCUAUUUGCUAG